CGAGAACACGGCGAGAGGCCCGGCUGCGCCUGCGCCUGCGCCAGACCCGGGACCGCAGCGUCUGUGGAGUGAUGGGAGCGGGGAGAUGCCCCGUCACUGCUCUGCUACCGGCUGCUGCACCCGGGACACCCGCGAGACCCGCAAUCGAGGCAUCUCCUUCCAUCGGCUGCCCAAGAAGGACAACCCGCGGCGCAGUGUGUGGCUGGAGAACUGUCAGCGCAAGGACCCGAGCGGCCAGGGCCCCUGGAAUCCAGCCUCUGACUACAUCUACUUCUGCUCCAAGCACUUCGAGAAGAGCUGCUUCGAGAUGGUGGGGAUCAGCGGCUACCACCGGCUCAAGGAGGGGGCCGUCCCCACCGUCUUCGAGUCCUUCUCCAAAGCGCGCCGGGCGGCGAAGGUGAGGGCUCCCCGGCAGAAGGGUGAUGACCCCAAGGCUGCCAGGGCCUGGAGGAGGUGGAGACGCGAUCCAGGCCGAGGGGAGCAGGAUGCCCCAGCCAACGCGGAGGUCUCAUGCUUCCCGGAGGAGGAGGAGUCUGAGUUGGCCACGCCCGCGGCUGCCCCCACCACUGAGCACCGCAGCCUGCCCGGGCCCCUCCCCCAGGGGGUGGAGCUAGAGGAUCAGCACGACGUCAUCCUGGCCAGCCUGUCGGACAUCCUCCUGGAGUACCCAGCCGUGGCCACGGGGCAGGAGGCGGCCACGGGGCAGGAGGCGGCCACAGCCACGCCGGCGCUCCCGGAGACAGACGCCCCCACGCUCCCAGAGACAGACGCCCCCUCAGAGCCCCCCACGUCGCCCGCCCCGGAGCCGCCCCGCCCCGUCUCCCCGUCUUUCUACAUGCUGCGCCUGCCGCCCCCGGCCGGCGCCUACAUCCAGAGCGAGCACAGCUACCAGGUGGGCAGCGCCCUGCUGUGGAAGCGGCGCGCGGAGGCAGCCCUGGAGGCCCUGGACCGGGUCCAGCGGCAGCUGCAGGCCUGCAAGCGGCGAGAACAGCGGCUGCGGCUGCGCAUCUGCGAGCUGCAGCGGGAGCGGCGGGCAGCCCCGGACAUGCGGCGCCAGCUCAAGGAGCACCUCCAGGUCUUCGAGCUGCAGCUGCUGCGCGAGCUGGAGUGA